GCGGCGGCGGCGGCGGCAGCAUGGGGAUGGGCGGUCGAGGCGUGGUGGGCGACAGGUGGUCGCAGCGCGUCCUCUGGAUGUGCGCCAUCGGCAGCGCAGUGAGCCUGUACUUCGUGGCGGUGGAGAGGCAGGCGCAGAACCGCGCGCGGGCGGUGUCCGAGGGAUUCAAAUCCCUUGACGGUGCAGGCGGCGGCGGCGGCGGCCGCGGAGAGGACGUGUGACCUUGGCCGCCGCGAGGUGAACGGGCGUGUAGAGAAGUACCUCCCUGUUCGAAGCUUGAGGCGAGUUAGAUUUUGCGUAUCCGCUUCUAGUUCACAGAAUCGUUGCAAUAAUAAUGUACUGCUAAUUGCCCCCUGUGCUUCUGAUGUCUGAAUGUUCAGGGAGCAAGAAUUGGUAUCUGAACAUGGAUGUUUUUGUAUGAAAAGUUCUGUUGGAAAAUUUAGACAGUUUUGUUUCGUAA